AUGGCUCAAGCUUUAGUCAGUAUGACUGCCGAAGCGAUACUGAAAAAGGUAUUGUCUUUAGCUGCUGCCGAAAUUGCGAUUGCUUGGGGUUACGAAGAAAAGCUGACCACCCUUCACGCUACCUUGGACCUGAUUCGUGCCAAGUUACGUGAUGCAGAGAGACAAAAGGGAACAGAGGCAGUGAUGGUGUGGCUGAAACAGCUCACACAUGUGGUCAAUGAAGCCGAUGAUGUGUUGGACGAGAUUCAUUAUGAAAUGUUGAGGCGUGAGGUGAAGAAACGAGGUAUGAUGCCGUCUCCUCCAUGGUUGAAAAGGUUUGCAUUUCGUAGAGAAAUGGGACAUAAAAUCGAAAACAUUUGUAGAAAGUUGGUUGAGAUCAAUAAACAAGCAAACGAUUUGGGACUACAAAAUGAACAACCUGCUGGCCCUGUUCCAGAUACUCUCAAUCGGGAGACCGAUCCAUAUUUGGACGAGGAAUUCAAAAUUUUUGGGAGGGAAAAUGAUGAACUGCGUAUCAUACAACUUUUAACCCAAUCAAGAAAAGAAGAAACACUUACUAUUGUUCCCAUUGUGGGAAUGGGCGGGGUUGGGAAAACCACUUUGGCCAAGUCAAUCUACAAUAAUCCAAAAAUCGAGCAUCAUUUUGAUGUUCGAGCUUGGCUUUGUGUGUCGGUUAAGGUUGAUGUUAACACUCUUCUUGCAAAGAUCUAUGAAUCUCUUGCCAGAGAGGAAUGUAAGUCACAAAUGAGGGUCAAUUUAAUUACAGAUCUUCGAAACAAGUUGGGAUCUAAAAGAUAUUUGCUUGUCCUAGAUGAUGUGUGGGACGAAGAGCGGGCACAUUGGGAUGAUUUCAGGAGUUGUAUGCUAAAAGUAAAUGCAGAGAGUGGAAGUGGCAUUCUUGUCACUACACGGAAUCUUGGAAUCGGAACCAAGGCCAUGAGUGAGGAUUUCCAUGCUUUGCAAACUCUUUCCGAUGAUUGGUGUUGGUCCAUCUUUAGAGAAAGAGCCUUUCUUGCAGGCCGAUCACCAUUGCCAGAAUUGGAGGAGAUAGGGCAUGAAAUUGUGAAAAAGUGUCGUGGUUUGCCUUUGUUGGUAAACAUAAUAGGAGGCAUGUUGCGAAAUUACAAUACUGACAAAGAGAAGUGGUUGUCCAUCCAAGAUAGCAAAGUUUGGGAUCUAGAAGAUGAAGGGGACAGAGUCCAAAAUAGCUUGAAACUCAGCUUUGAUAACUUGCCCAGUUCUAUCAUUAAACAAUGCUUUGCAUAUUGUUGCAUGUUUAAGAAGGAUAAGGUCAUGCGAAGGGAAGAACUUAUACGACUAUGGAUGGCUGUAGGGUUGGUUCAAGCGGAUGAGAGGAGAAACAAGGAGGCAGAGGAUGUGGGAAAUGAUAUAUUCCAAAUCUUGGUUAGCAGCUCGUUGUUCCAAGAUGUUAAAAUGGAUGAGUAUGGUUAUGUCACUGGUUGUAUGCAUGAUCUGGUGCAUGAUCUUUCGUUAUCACUUUCCAAACAUGAAAACUUAUGUUUGGUGGAUCCAACAAGUGAUGAUGAUAUUGCACGUAUCCCUCGGGUUAAACAUCUCGCAAUGUGUCGAUUUCAGGAGGAUGGUAUCUACCUAACUUUUAGAAAGAUGAAUUCUAUAGUCUUCAAAGAGGAUAUGACAAAUAGGACUAUGCAUACAUUGAUAUUCAGGGGUACAAUUGAGAAAAACAUUUCAUUGCAACGUUUCAAGUGCUUGAGGGUACUAAAAUUCAGGGCAUGUGCACUGAAAAAGAUCAAUGAUUCAGUUGGAGAGUUGGUGCAUCUUAGGUAUCUUGAUUUGUCAUAUACCAAAAUCAAAGUUCUUCCGAAAUCUAUUGGUAAACUUUACCAUUUGCAAACUCUGAAGCUGUCUGGCUGUUUUCUAAAGCAAUUGCCUCAAAGCAUAAGCAAGUUGAUAAGUCUGCGACAUUUGAUGUAUACAGGAUAUUUGAUACUUCUAGGGCACAAGCCCAUACGUAACGUGGGACGAUUGACUUCUCUAAGAACAUUGCCUGAUUUUAGAGUGGGUCGAGAGAAAAGAUGUCAUAUUUCAGAGCUAGGUCCUUUGAAGCACCUUGCUGGAGAGCUUCAUAUUAGCAAUCUCGAAAAUAUUAGCGGCAAAGAAGAUGCUGCCAAGGCAGAUAUAUGUGGAAAGAAAAAUUUAUGCCAGGUUUAUUUUCGUUGGAGUGAGCACAGAGUUGUCAAUCAAAAUGACAAAGAUGUAUUGGAAGGCCUGCAACCCCAUGGAAAUUUACGAAGCUUGUCAAUUAUAAACUUUUACAAUGACAGUUUUCCGGAAUGGGUGACUAAGAUGGCAACCAACAUUGAAGGGAAAUGGACACCCCUUCACAAGCUUGUGAAGAUCGAAUUAUCUGGAUGUAGCAGCUGCGCCUAUCUUCCAGUGCUCGAGCACCUACCACUUCUUCGGGAUCUUGAGUUGGAGGAUAUGGACAACAUGACAUGCUUAAGCAGUUGUUUAGGCCAAGGUGACAAUUUUAGUACUGGAUCAAUGAAGCCUCUGUCUCCAUCGUUGAGAUCCCUCCAACUAUCACACAUGAGAAGACUGGAAAAGUGGAUAGAUGCAGCAACAACCAGCUCAACAGUGUUAUCACCCGUUCUCGAGAAGUUGCACAUUAAACAUUGCCGAAAGAUUAUUCACUUAGAUGAAUGUCAUCCCCACCCUCUUGUUUCCUUAGACAUAUACGACUGCUACAAUCUGGUGUCCAUUAAGAGUAUACAAGGCCUUACAUCUCUCGAGUUUUUAAGCAUUCGGGAUUGUCCUAGUCUUUUAGAAAUCCCCUAUAUGCAGAACUUCGAGCAUCAUCCUUUAAAGGCUCUGAGCAUUGUCAAUUGCAAGAAACUGACUUCCUUGCCUUGUAAAUUAUUCGACUGUUUUUCCUUCUUAAACAGGUUGACACUUGGUCCAUUCUCAAAGGAGCUCCAUUCUUUCCCAAGUCUCCAAGGCAUUGAGAAGUUGAGGAACCACCUUCGAUCAUUUUACUUGUAUGGUUGGGUUCAUUGGGAGUCGAUACCAGAAGAGAUAAAACACCUCACUUCACUCACUGAGUUACACAUAACGGAGUUCGGAAUGCGAGAAUUGCCUAUAUGGUUAACCAACAUGUCAUCUAUCCGAGUUAUAAACUUCGUUAAGUGCACGGGGUUAAAUAAAGAAACGCUUAAACACAAAGCGCCACGGGAAGCACGUUUAGUCUUUUUAGAUUAUAAAGCUGUGUAA